AUGUAUAGCGACUCGGAAUAUGUUGGCUUUACAUAUAUUACGCCUACUAGCACGCUCCCAUGCGAAAUGGUAGAAGAGAAACAGUUAUCGUCUGAGAAGAAGCAGAUGAUUGUCUCACAAACACUAUCAGAUCAUAGUAGCACUGAUAGUUGUGGCGGUGUUGAUGAGGGUCCCACCAAAUCGAUGUCUUUUUUUAAAAAAGGCUUCGGAGUCACACUACAUGUUAGGUUUUUUGACACUCUUAGAAAGGUAACCAGGACACAAUGCUUUUCUAUGCGUCCACACUCCACUAUGAAGUACAUCUAUGAAAUUGUUCACGCAUGGCUCCCUGAGAUGGGAAAUUUGGUGUGCUAUACCGUGCACAGCGAGACUCAUGGAGUGAUGUAUCCAUUGAUAAAAAAAGUUCUUCAUCCAGAAGAUGAUGCACCUAGACUUGUUUUUUGUCAAGAGGUGUUUUUGCCAUUCCAUAACCCAGCACAUUGCUGGGGUGUAGUGAAUGUCGUUGUACUGCAGCAUCAUGGCUCUCUUGUUCCCGGAUACAUACCUUUGGUAGUGCACCGAUCGUCGCUGCAGUCCAAAGAGGCAUUACAAGAACAAAUUCGUCAGCUUUGUUGUGCUUCCCCUGCGGAAGCCAAUUAUAUGAAGUCACAGCCUUUUCUUAACUGUGCCGUUUCUGCUGGGCUUAUGGAUUUAGUGUCUUUUUUUGACUCGUGUAACGACGACUCCACGGCCCUCCCCCAGAUUGCUGUAGUUUAUCCUGCUUUGGCACCAGGGGAUUUAGUCUGCGUGGAUAUGCUGGACCGAAUGAGUCGACGGUUUAGCGUACAAUGCAUGAUCAAAUGCAGCCGGCAAAAAGAUGGUAUACUCUGUUAUGACGUGGAAGAAAUGGAAGUGGGUUAUAUUUUGGAAGGCUUGACAUGUGUUCAAGUAUUACCUUUGUAA